CGGCGAGAGGGAAGGAAGUUGGCCUGCGAGCGGCCGGGGCUGAGUGGGGGCUGAGUGGGGGCAAGGCCGCGGGCGGCAGCGGCGGCUGCUUCGAACAACUAAGCGUGGCGCGAUGGGAGACGAGAUGGAUGCCAUGAUCCCCGAGCGGGAGAUGAAGGAUUUUCAGUUUAGAGCACUGAAGAAGGUGAGAAUCUUUGACUCACCUGAGGAGUUGCCCAAGGAUCGCUCAAGUCUGCUUGCCGUGUCCAACAAAUAUGGCCUGGUCUUUGCUGGUGGAGCCAGUGGGUUGCAGAUUUUUCCUACCAAAAAUCUUCUGAUUCAAAAUAAACCUGGUGAUGAUCCCAAUAAGAUAGUUGAUAAAGUUCAAAGCUUGCUGGUUCCCAUGAAAUUCCCGAUACAUCACCUGGCUUUGAGCUGUGAUAACCUCACACUCUCCGUGUGCAUGAUGUCCAGUGAAUAUGGUUCCAUUAUCGCUUUUUUUGAUGUUCGCACAUUUUCAAAUGAGGCUAAACAGCAAAAACGCCCAUUUGCCUAUCAUAAGCUUUUGAAAGAUGCAGGAGGCAUGGUGAUCGAUAUGAAGUGGAACCCCACUGUUCCCUCCAUGAUGGCAGUUUGUCUGGCCGAUGGCAGCAUUGCUGUCCUACAAAUCACAGAAACAGUGAAAGUGUGUGCGACUCUCCCUUCCACAGUGGCAGUAACAUCUGUGUGCUGGAGCCCCAAAGGAAAGCAGCUGGCAGUGGGGAAGCAGAAUGGAACUGUGGUCCAGUAUCUUCCUACUCUGCAGGAAAAAAAAGUCAUUCCUUGCCCACCAUUUUAUGAGUCAGAUCAUCCUGUCAGAGUUCUGGAUGUGCUGUGGAUCGGUACUUAUGUCUUCACAAUUGUGUAUGCUGCUGCGGAUGGGACCUUGGAAACUUCUCCAGAUGUGGUGAUGGCUCUCCUCCCGAAAAAAGAAGAAAAACACCCAGAGAUAUUUGUGAACUUUAUGGAGCCCUGCUAUGGCAGCUGCACGGAGAGGCAGCACCAUUACUACCUCAGUUACAUUGAAGAAUGGGAUUUAGUGCUGGCAGCAUCUGCAGCUUCAACAGAAGUCAGUAUCCUUGCUCGACAGACAGAUCAGAUUAAUUGGGAAUCUUGGCUCCUAGAGGAUUCCAGUCGAGCUGAACUGCCUGUGACAGACAAGAGUGAUGACUCGCUGCCUGUGGGAGUUGCCAUAGACUAUACUAAUCAAGUGGAAAUCACCCUCAAUGAUGAGAAAACUCUUCCUCCUGCUCCAGUUCUUAUGUUACUUUCAACAGACGGUGUGCUCUGUCCAUUUUAUAUGAUCAAUCAAAAUCCCGGGGUUAGGUCCCUCAUCAAGAUGCCAGAGCGGCUCUCGUUAGAAGGAGAGCGACAACCCAAGUCGUCAGGCAGUACUCCCACUACGCCAACCUCCUCUCAAGCCCCACAGAAGCUCGACACGCCAACCCCUGCAGCUCCAGUCUCUGGCCCACCUUCGUCACUGGCUGCCUCCCCCUCCACCUUCUCUGUGCCUUCUGCUGUUGGAGCCCCUGCCGUGUUCUCCUUUGGUUCUUCAUCCUUGAAGUCAUCUGGUUCUGUCCCAGGGGAGCCCCCUCCAUAUUCCAGUGGCUCUGUCGCAUCCACCUUUUCUUUUGUUCCCCCUCCUCAAGCCUCCCUAGUGCCCACCCCUGUGGCCUCUCCCAUGACACCAUCUGCAACCUCGUUCUCCUUUGGAUCCUCGGGGUUUAAGCCUACCUUGGAAAGCACGCCGAUGCCAAGUGUCUCUGCUCCAAAUAUAGGACUGAAGCCUGCUUUCCCACCCUCAGCCUCUGCAGUCAAGGUCAACCUUAGUGAGAAGUUCACUGCAGUGGCUCCCUCCGCUCCUGCCAUCAGCUCCCAGGGUGCACCCGCGCUGCCGUUCCCCUCCACCUCCAAGCCAGCCGCUUCUGGACCCCUCAACCACCCCACGCCCCUCUCAGCACCACCGGGCUCCGUGUCUUCAAAGUCCUCAGUCUCCCCCUCGGCAUCAGCAGGGCGGUCUGCUCAGGGCAGCCCAAGCCCAGUGCCCUCAAUGGUACAGAAGUCACCCAGGAUAACCCCUCCAGUGGCAAAGUCAGGCUCUCCUCAGGCAAAAUCACUUCAGCCUCCUGUUUCAGAAAAGCAGGGACAUCAGUGGAAAGAGUCAGAUCCCGUAAUGGCUGGAAUCGGGGAGGAGAUUGCACACUUUCAGAAGGAGCUGGGGGAGCUGAAAGCCCGGACUUCCAAGGCCUGUUUCCAAGUGGGCACUUCGGAGGAGAUGAAGAUGCUGCGAACAGAAUCUGAUGACUUGCACACCUUUCUUUUGGAGAUCAAAGAGACCACAGAGUCUCUUCAUGGAGAUAUCAGUACCCUGAAAACGACUUUACUUGAGGGCUUUGCUGGUGUUGAAGAAGCCAGAGAACAAAACGAGAGGGAUUGUGACUCUGGGUAUCUGCACUUGCUCUAUAAGAGACCAUUGGAUCCCAAGAGUGAAGCCCAGCUCCAGGAAAUUCGGCGCCUUCAUCAAUAUGUGAAAUUCGCUGUCCAAGAUGUGAAUGAUGUGCUAGACUUAGAAUGGGAUCGACAUUUGGAACAAAAGAGAAAACAAAAGCGCUUGCUUGUGCCAGAGCGAGAAACACUAUUUAACACCCUAGCCAACAACCGGGAAAUCAUCAACCAACAGAGGAAGAGGUUGAAUCACCUGGUGGACAGUCUCCAGCAGCUCCGUCUCUAUAACCAAACCUCCCAGUGGAGCCUUCCCUCGGAUGUCACCUCCCAGAGCGGCACUCCUGGUUUUGACAGUGAUCUCGAGAGUCUUCGUAAUGCUUUGUUGAAAACUACCAUAGAAUCUCACACCAAGCCCUUGUCCAGAGUGCCAGCUAAGCUGUCCCCUGUGAAACAAACCCAACUGAGAAACUUCUUGGCCAAGAGAAAGACCCCCCCAGUGAGAUCCACUGCUCCAGCCAGCCUGUCCCGGUCAGCCUUCCUGUCACAGAGAUACUAUGAAGACUUGGAUGAAGCCAGCUCUACGUCGUCCGUCUCUCAGUCUUUGGAGAGUGAAGACACGCGGGCGUCUAAAGAUGAUGACACAGUGGCACAGGUCCCACGGCAUGCGCCUGUGGUUCGCACCCCUUCCAUCCAGCCUGGUGUCUUGCCGCAGGCAGUGCCUUUUGCUAAAUCUCACCUGAUUCAUGGUUCACCUGGCGUGAUGGGAACAUCCAUGUCGACGUCUGCUAGCAAAAUUAUUCCUCAAGGGGCUGAUAGCACAAUGCUGGCAACAAAAACCGUGAAGCAUGGUGCCCCUGGUCCUUCCCACAGCCUCUCAGCCCCCCAGGCAGCUGCCGCUGCAGCACUGAGACGUCAGAUGGCCAGCCAAGCACCAGCUGUAAGUACUUUGACUGAAUCAACUCUGAAGAAUGUCCCUCAAGUGGUAAAUGUGCAGGAACUGAAAAAUAAUCCUACAGCCACCUCUGCAGCGAUGAGUUCUUCGGUGCCAUACUCUUCAGCCAAGACACCUCACCCUGUGAUGACCCCAGUAGCUGCUAACCAGGCUAAGCAGGGAUCUCUAAUAAAUUCCCUGAAGCCAUCGGGGCCCACGCCAGUGUCCAGUCAGUUGUCAUCUGGUGAUAAAGCUUCAGGGCCAGGGGCAGCCAAGAUAGAAACAGCUGUGACUUCUCCUCCGCCUGCUGCUGGGCAGCUCAGCAAGUCGUUCUCAUUUUCUCCAGCAGGGACUGGCUUUAAUUUUGGGAUAAUCACACCAACCCCGUCUUCUAACGUCACCGUCACACAAGGGGCAGCACCCCCCACUAAAGAGUCACACCAGCUCGACGCAUUCUCCUUUGGCGGGGGAGGCAAAACUUUUUAUGAGCCAGGUACUGAAAGCUCCCCACCCUCGGGGAUGGCAGCGCCACACAGCUCUGGAGCCACCACCACCUCUCCUGCGGAGCCUGCGCCUUCCAGUGGCCGACCUGCAGCACCUUCUGGACUUGCUGCCUCUACUGCCUCUGGCAAGCUGGAAACUCCACCAUCCAAGUUGGGAGAGCUUCUGUUUCCAAGUUCUUUGGCUGGAGAGACCCUGGGAAGUUUUUCAGGACUGCGCGUCGGCCAAGCAGAUGAUUCUACAAAACCAACCAUUAAGGCUUCAUCCACAAACCUGACUGGUGUGCAGCCGGCCAAGACUUCAACCGUCCCCUCGGGGUUUAGUUUUACUGGCCCUCCCCUGGUAGGGAAGCAUGCAGAGCCCCCCGUGACCUCCUCUGUGACCACCACUGCAGGGGCACCAGCGGCAGCUGGCACAAGCACUAGCAGCUCCUCAACUGGCAUCUUUGGCGGCCUGCCCCUCACCAGUGCAGGAUCCUCAGGGAUAAUGGGUUUUGGUGGGAUGACCCCAGGUGGUAGCAAGACGAGUUUUUCCUUUGGCAACCAACAGACGAGUAGUAUGGUACCCCCACCUACCCCCCCAUCAGCAACAACUGCCACCCCCCUUCCUACCGCAUUCCCCACAUUGUCCUUUGGUAGCCUCCUGAAUUCAGCAUCUGCUCCCACCCUGCCUGUGGCCUCUGGGAAAAGCACAGAGGAAUCCACGUCAUCAGCUUCUCCUGAGAAGCCAGACAACAGUGAGGUCUCAGCCUCAACAAGCUCGCUUCUGGGGCCGCAGCCGUCAACCUCACUUCCCCAGGCUCCUCUGCAGACUUCCGACUCUGUUAAAAAAGAAGCUGCUGUGGCUCAGCCUGCAGCCAGCAGCCCUGGCCCUGCAGGCUCCAAUACCAGUCUCAUAGCACCUGGUGCCGAGGCCGCUCCAGCUGCCCCCACAGUCCCCGAUGUCAGGACGGAAUCAGCGUCUCCCACCUCAACGCUCUCAGCAACUGGGCAGAGCACUGUCACGGCUGCUGCAGUCCCCAGCGUGGUCCCUGUGGCCAUUGAAACCCCAGGUCCCCCUGUAACCUCCAGCUCUGUUUCCAGUGUUGCUCCAAGCCCAGUCACAGAGACACCAGUGUUUGGGACUGCCACCGCGGGCUCAUCUGUCUUCACUCAGCCCCCCGCUGCCAGUUCUAGCUCAGCUUUCAGUCAGCUCCCCAGCAACACGGCCACUGCCCCCUCGACCACCCCUGUGUUUGGGCAGGCGGCCGUCAGCACCGCACCAAGCCUGUUUGGGCCACAGACUGGCAGUGUAGCCAGCACGGCAGCCGCCACACCUCCGGUCAGCAGCUCAGGCUUUGGCAGCCCUGCCUUCGGCACCUCAGCCACCGGGGUCUUUGGACAGACGACGUUUGGACAGGCUCCGGCCUUUGGGCAGUCCACCAGCAGCCCUGCAAGUGGCUUUUCCUUCAAUCAGCCUGGGUUCAGCUCUGGGCCUGCUUUUGGCCAGUCCGCAUCUUCCACCUCCACGUCUGCCAGUGGGAAUGUCUUUGGUGCCUCCUCAAGUACCAGUAGCUCCAGCUCCUUCUCGUUUGGACAGUCUUCUGCCAACACAGGAGGGGUGCUAUUUGGCCAGAGCAACCCUCCCGCGUUUGGGCAGAGUCCUGGCUUCGGGCAGGGAGGCUCUGUGUUUGGUGGCACCUCUGCCACCACCACAACGGUGGCGUCAUCCUCUGGGUUUAGCUUUUGUCAAGCUUCAGGUUUUGGGUCUAGUAAUACUGGUUCUUUGUUUGGUCAAGCAACCAGUACUGGCGGAACAGUCUUUGGCCAGCAGCCCUCUUCCAGUGGGAGUGUGUUUGGGUCUGGAAACACUGGAAGAGGGGGAGGUUUCUUCAGUGGCCUUGGAGGGAAACCCAGCCAGGAUGCAGCCAACAAAAACCCAUUCAGCUCAGCCAGCGGGGGCUUUGGAUCUGCAGCCACCCCAAAUACCUCUAAUCUAUUCGGAAACAGUGGGGCCAAGACAUUUGGUGGAUUUGCCAGCUCAUCGUUUGGGGAGCAGAAACCUGCAGGCACUUUCAGCUCUGGAGGAGGAAGUGUGGCAUCCCAAGGCUUCGGGUUCUCUACUCCAAAUAAAACAGGUGGCUUCGGUGCUGCUCCAGUGUUUGGCAGCCCUCCUACUUUUGGGGGAUCCCCUGGGUUUGGAGGGGUGCCAGCAUUCGGUUCAGCCCCAGCCUUUACAAGCCCUCUGGGCUCGACGGGAGGCAAAGUGUUCGGAGAGGGUACUGCGGCUGCCAGCGCAGGAGGAUUCGGGUUUGGGAGCAGCAGCAAUACCACAUCCUUUGGCACCCUCGCAAGUCAGAACGCUCCGACUUUCGGAUCACUGUCCCAACAGACUUCUGGUUUUGGGACCCAGAGUGGGGGAUUCUCUGGCUUUGGAUCCAGCACAGGAGGAUUCAGCUUUGGAUCAUCUAACUCGUCUGUCCAGGGCUUUGGUGGCUGGAGAAGUUGAGUGGGUGUCCGUGUUCCUUUCCGAUCCUGAGACCAACCACGUUCUCAGCUCCUCUUCACUGAGCCACACUGGAGCAGUCCUCCACGUGGACAUUCGCACUGAAACACACACCCAGACAGAAACAGCAGAAACCAAAACUCUUGAGAUGCUUGAUCGCUUGUUCAUAUCUUUUCUAUUUCAUGUUGGUUAUUAUGGGUGCCCUCUCCCCACCGCCCCCCUCCCCGCUAUUAAACUCUGGUCCGUUUCCAUGCUGAAUAUAUGUGGGUUUUGUCAGGUCACAGCCUGGGAGAGGGGUUUCCUCAUUGCUGUGGCUCCGAGAAAACUUCCCAGCCUCCGGCCAACCAGCCAUGUAUAUAUCUUCAAGAUUGGCACCAGAAGUCAGCAGCAUCGGAGAUGGAUGCAUGAAGAGGGGGGGUGGAAGCUUCUCCUAUGACACCGACUCUCCUCGAGCCUUGGCCCUUGCCUACAGAAGAGACUGAGUGCUGGCCAGCCACCUUUGUGAGGCCAUAACUUGGGUAUCUCCUUUUCGUGUCCUUGCUCCUGUGGGACAUCCAGACCCUAGAGACACCAGCCUUGUGAUUGGGUGAAGGGCAGGGAACUCCCUUGUGCGGGCAUCAGCCAAGUCAGAAGAGCUCGUGGCACCUGAAAUCAAAGUGCAGGCAGCCAUGAGGCGAGCGUGGAAAACAGGCCAGUGCAUGCUGAUAACAAGGACACUGCCCUUGGACCAGCCCCGUCAGCUCAUCUUGUCGAGGUGGCUCUGGGUGCUUGUGUCCCGCAGCGGAUUUCUUUGACUCUGGAGAAGAGUGAUGGAGAAGAGCGCCUUUAUCUCCAGUGACAGUGACAUCGGCCACCCCGCCUGGUCCGCUGUCUGUUAACCACAGUGCAGAUAACCCCAGGACAGGCCUGCAGUUGAGACGACGCUGCUGUCACUGACACUGUGGCCACGUGUUUGCCAAGAUGGCAAAGGGCCCCCAACUUCCGUCUUAUCAAAGUGUGUGAAAUGCCAUAUCUUUUGGGUCUGGGCAUGUUUUACUUCUCAGGCCUAUGGUGUCCUAGGCAUUUGCUGACAAACAAGAACUGCUUCACAUCUAAAGCAGACGGGAGGAUUUGUCGUCUUUCAGGCCAGGAUGCAACCGUGCGUUGGCUCGGGUCACAGCAGGGGAGGGUCAGGAAGGAUUGUUCAAAGUUUUACAUCUUGGAAAAUUCUAUUUUAAAAUGUUUUAAUAAAAGUUUUCCAUGUGA